AUGAAUUAGAAUUUAUGUUUAUCUCAAAAAGGACAAUACAAUUAUUAUGAUAUAAUUACAAGAACUUGUAAAACUUAAAAUAUUAAUUUAUAUCUACCUUGUGUUGAUUUUCUAGAUAAAGAUUAUGAUCUUGAUAAUAAACCAUGUGAUAAUGGAAUAAAUGGGAGAAUAAAUUAAGAAUUAUGUUUAGAUCUUAUUAAUUCUAAUACAAAAUGGGAUGCUUCUUUAUAGAGAUGUAUUCAUGUAACUAAUAAAUCUAUAUCUUGUGAUAAUAUGUAAUUUGUUAAUCCAAAUUUAUGUAAAUAUGGUAUUGUCUAAGAAUCAUACUUAUGUCUCUAUAAUUUAGAUACAUCAAGUUGUUAUUCAUCAUAAUUGAUUGAUCUUCAUUGUGAUACUCCAGGAAUUAAUUAUGAAUAAUGUAUAUCUAAUCAAAAAGAAAAUUGUUAAUGGAAGGAAAAUAAAUGUAUUUCUUUAACAGUUAAUCUAAUUGUAUAAUAUUAUUGUUUUGAAUUCUAAAAUGUAAGUCCAAAUGUUUGUAGAUUUACAAGUAGAAAUUUUAGUUGUGAAUAUGAUCAUAAAACAUUUGGUUGUAAAAUUAUAACCAAUUAAAUAAUAAAUUCUUAUAAUUAUGUUAAUAAUUAAGGUUGUUUAACAUCAACUGAUUAAUAUUAUUUUGAUAAUGUAUAACAUUAAUGUUUAAAUGCAACUGACUAUUUAAAUAUUUUGAAUUGUGAUACUGAAUUUAUUCCAAUUUAAACUUGUCUUGCAAUUACAACUUAAAAUUAGAAUUGUUUUUGGGGUUCUAUUCCUAGUGACCCACAAAUUAAAUGCAGAUAAUAUAAAUAAUAAUUCUAAACUACUUGUAAUUCUUAUUAAUAAUCAGCCAAUCUAAAUACUUGUACCUAAAUGGCAUCAAACUUAUCACUCAUUCUUACAGAUGAUUAAUUUUGUGAAGUCAUAGAUUCAAAAUGUGUCUCAUCUAUAUCCAAAAUUGAAGAUAUUGAUUGUGGAUACAAUAGAAUGAUCAAUAUUCAUAGAUGUGUAGCAUUCACAACAUAAAAUUGUUAUUUUUUAAAUAAUAAAUGUAAUUUGUUAAUUGGAGCUUAAGAAUAUUAAUAAAAAUUAUUAGGAAUCCUAGAAUGUCAAUAAAGUAAUCUUUAAAUUUGUAAUUAAAUUUUGACAUCCGGUUAAACAUGCCAUAUAACUUAAGAUAAAAAGUGUGUAUAAUUGUAUUUCUCCUUUUCUGAUACAUGCUAAAAUAUAUCCCAUUAUGAUAUGAAUAAUUAUAAUCCAUAAAUUUGUAGUAGAGCCUUUAAUGCUUGUUAUUAUGAUAUUUAGAGUAAAACAUGUUAAGAACCUCUUACUCUUAAAUAAUUCAAGUGUAAUUAAAUUGGUGCAUCUAAAAAACUAUGCUUACUCUAUACAUAUGAAAAUUGUGUAUUUUAUAAUGAAAUUUGUUAAACUCUUGUAGAUUUAAGUAUAGAUUGUAAAUUUAGAAAUAGGAAUGCUUGUUUUUAAGGUAUAAUUGCUUGUUUUUGGAAUGAAAUUAAUUAAGUAUGUUAACAAUAAAUAAUUGAUUGUCCAUUUUAUUAUGAAAAAUCUUUCAGUUGGCAAAUUUGUUAAUCAAGCAAUUAAUUUUGUUUUGCUGGUUAGAAUGGAUGUAUAAAUUAUUUCAAUGAAGUGCCUUGUUGGUUAUCUCUUAGUUAAUUGUUAUGUAAUUUUCAAUGGAAAUAUUGUUAAUGGUUGGAUAAUUAAUGUGUUAAUGACAAUUAUGAUUGUGAAUCAGCUUAAACACAAUAAUAAUGUUUGUUACAUAGAUCCAAUUUUUGUGUAUUCCAUAAUAAUAAAUGUUUCACAAUUCUCAACAUUGAACUCUAUGAUUGUGAUUUAUUUGAUUAAGUAUCUGAAAAUUUUUGUAGACAAUAUCAACCUAUUUGUACAUAUUCUUUAACAGACUUUAAAUGUAUUAAAAUGAAUUUCUUAACAAAUAGUCAAAUGAUUGAUGAAUAAUUUAAAUAAAAUACUUGUAGUUCAUUAUAACAGAAUAUUUAUAGUUGCAUAUUAUAAAGAUCUCUUAAAUGUUCAUACUUCAAUUAUAGUUGGUAUUAGUUUUGUGGAAAUUCAGAAGUAUUACAAACAUGCAAUUAUUAUAAUGAAAUAGUAUAUCCAUCUAUUCUAACAUGUGAAUCUAUUUCUAAUUGCAAAUUUGGAAUGACAACUAAAGGAGAACCAUUUUGUUCUUCUUCACCUCUAAUAUGUGAAAAUUUAUAAUCUUUUUGUUUGAAAGACAUUUCAGGAUUGCAUUGUUACAAUGAAUUCGAUUCAAAUGAAUGUUUAACUUAUACUGGUGAACUGUUUUGUGAGAAUGUUUAAUCUUUUAGAGUCAAUAAGUAAUUAUGUUUAUCAAUUAUGUAAAAUCCCAAUAAUGAUUCUGAAUGUUAUUACUAAGAGGAAACAUAAACAUGCAAAUUAAAGAAUCCUCUCUUAAUGAUUAUAAGUACUGAAGAAAUAAUCUAUGAUUAUUACUAUUGCCUUUUUCAAGAUAUAGAGUUAAUGAUAUAUUACGAUGAUAGUUAAACAUUUUAAUAUUGUACUUCUUAUUCAGAAGGUGAACGAGAAAAUUUGAAUCUUUAUGGAUGCACUCAACUCUAAGAUUUUACUUAUUAUUUUGAUUUAGAAAAAUUUAAAUGUUACAAAGAUAUAACACAACCUUAUAUUUAGAUAUCUUUAUGUCAUUAGAUGAAUCAAUUGUCAUGUUUAUAAAUAUAAAAUAAUUUAUCUUGUGUAUGGUUAAAUAAGAAAUGUCAUAAGUAUAAGAAUGAAUUUAUAAAAAUACCUUGUUAAAAUAGAAAUUAUAAUUCAUGUCUAAAAUCAUAGACUUAAAAAUGUAUAUGGAAUUAAGAUACUCUUCAAUGUACAGAUUGUGAAUGUUAAAAUAAUUAAUGUGAAUAUAGUGAAUACUAUUGUCAAUCUAUUAAUAAAUUAUGGAAUGGUAAUAAUUGUUAUGAAUAUAAUAAAGAUUUACCAAUUUCAUUUUUCAGAUGUGAUUAAUUAGGCUUAAACAAAGAUUUAUGUUUAAAUUAUACUUAAAGUUUAACUUGUUAUUGGAAUGGAUACUACUGUUAAGAAGCAAAUCUUUAUUUACUUAAUUGCUAGGAUGAAGUAUCAUAAUAAACUUGUAAUUAAAUUAAAACACCAAAAUAAAUUUGUAGAUGGAUUGACCAAAAAUGUCAAAAUUAAUAUUAAUCAAAUUAAUGCAAUGAUUUCUCUACUCUACAAUAUUGUAGAUAAGCACUUAUUAGUUGUUAAUUCAAUUUAUCGUUACACAAAUGUGAAUAAAAAUUAGAUAACUCUUAUAUAUGUUCUAACACAUUAAGUUAUAAAGCUUGUUAAAAUGUUCAAUAUGAAUAUUGUCAAUUUGAUGGCUAUUGUAAUAUAUGGUAUAGGACCAGAUAUUCAUGUGAAAACAUAGUAAACUAUUGGGGUUGUAUGAAUACAUCAAUGUAUUGUAAAUGGACAGGUUAGUGUGUAAAUAUAGAUGACACCUUUGAACCAGUAGCAUGCAAUAAAAUACCUAUAGAAGUAAUUUAUUAAGAUCUAAUAUUAGUUUAAUAAAGUAUCAUGUAAAAAAUACUCCAUCGAACCAUGUUUAUAUGAUGAAAUAAAUAAGAAAUGUGAUAUGAAAUUGACUAGUUCAUUUGAAGGUUCUACCAAUAUAGAUUAGACCAAUUAUACACAAAUUAGAUUGAUAUAUGAAUGCACUUAAUUUAUUGAUAAAGAAGAUUGUGUUGGUAGUAGAAUUGGGUAUUGUGAAUGGUAAGACAAUAGAUGUUUAAAUUGUGAAUAUAAUUAAGGUUGUAAAAUUGAUAGUUGUGAAAACAAAAGUAUUAAAUAAUGUAUGAUAAUGCAUUAAUUAUUAUGUGCAUGGAGGAAUGAUAAAUGUAUAGAUUGGAUAUUUGAUUAAUAGAGUUUUACUCACUCUUUAGUAACCUAGAAAUGUUGUAAAUCAAUGAAUUCAACAGUAAAAUAUGUAGAAUCUAUUCAAUCAUGUAUAUAAAUUGAUAUAUUAACAGAUGAAUGUAAUACUUUUGGAUUAUCAAAAAUAGUAUAUAUAAUAUAAAUUAUUAUAGGCAUGUUUGUCAUUAGUCAAUAAAUAAUGUACUUAUAAAGAUGAUAAAUGUAUUGAUUAUAUUUUUUAAUAUAAAUCAAAAUGCCAUGAAUAUUAUGAUGUGAACUAAUAAGUUUGUUAGUAAUUACCUCAUUUAAGUUGUAAAUAUGAUGAAUUACAUAAUAAAUGCAUAGAUGUUGAUUAUUCUAAUGACUAAUGCAUUACUUUAGGGUUAUCAAAGAUGGGAUGCUCUAAUAUAAUUUAAAUGCCUUGUUAUUGGAAUAUUCAAAAUUAAUAGUGCUCCAAUUUUUAAUUGUAAAUGCAUAUUAAUCAAUGUGAUAAUUAAACUGUUACAAAUAGUUAUACUUGUCGAUUAUUGAAUUAUCAUUAAGAUGUCUGUUCAUAUAAUUUAAAUAAUAGAACAUGCUAAUAAUAAUUCAAUCAAUUAGCAAAGUGUUCUCAACCAGGAUUGAACAGAUUGGCAUGUUUAAGGUUAAUUAAUUAACCUUGUUAAUAUUUGAACAAUUAAUGUUAAAAGAUUAAAUCCUUAAAUAGUAAUUGCAAUGAACUAAGAGAUGUAAAUGAAUUAACAUGUAAAAUGAACACUAAUGAUCAUUGUAUUUAUGAUCCAGUUGUUGGAAAUUGUCAACAUUCUUUAUAAUAAUUACCAUGUAAUUACAAAGGUUUAAAUAUCAAUAAUUGUAAUAGAUAGAAAGGAUGUAAAUGGAUACAUGAUAUUUAGUAAUGUGUUUGUAAAAGUUAAUAAAUAAAUUCAUAUUGUGAUAUGAAUGAAAGUGAAUGUAAAAAUAAUUGCAUUUAUGAACAAGAACUUUAAAUUUGUAGACCAAAAAGAUGUUUUGAUUUAAUUAAUUGUUAAGGAGUUAUGAAUGAUGAAUAGUGUUAUUAAGAUUAAACUUAAAAAUGUUAAGGAGCUAAAAAGUGUGAAGAUAUUGUUAAUUUAAAUGAUAGUAAAAAUUGCUCAGAUUUUAUGUUUGAUAAAUCAAAUUGCAUUUAAAUUUAAAAUUAUUGUGUAAGUGCAAAUAAUCUUUAAUAGAUCUGUAUUAAUAGUGAUUGUUCAAAUACAUCUUGUAAAUAUGAUAAUUUUACUUGUCGUCCUUUAAUAUGUUCAGAUUAUUAAGAAGAAGAAUAAUGUUAAUAAAUAUCUAAUUGUGUUUAUAUAAAUGGAAUAUGUAAGUAUAUAUAAACAUGUUCAGAAAUUGAUGAUUAAUCUAUUUGUAUAAAAACAAAAGUAAAUGAAAAAUAAUGUUCUUGGGAAAUUUAUGAAAUAUAUUAAAUUGCAUAUCAUUGUACCAAUAAUUAAUGUAAUCUGUAUAGUAAUUCACCUAUUUUGUGUAAUGGUAAUGAGAUUAAUUAAUAUUCUUGUUAUAUGAAUGAAUUUUAGAUAUGUUAAAAUUGUGAAGAUAUUAUAGAUCCAUGUUUAUGUUCAGCUGGUUGUAUUUAUUCAAAUGGAAAAUGUAAAUCAAAAUUAUGCUAAAAUUUUAUUUAAGAGAAGGAUUGUUAAAACACUAAGAAUUGUUAUUGGAGUACUCAAGAUAAAUUAUGUAGAAAAUUUUGCAGGUUUUUAAUUUUAUAAGAAGAUUGUUUAAUGUUAGAUUAUGAAUGUCAUUGGAAUCCUUAUUAAUAUAAAUGUGAAGAUGGAAUUUAAAUAGAAAUCAAUUUAAGUGUUACACUUAAUUAGUUUGACAAGUACAGUCAACCUAUAUUCUAAUUCAUUCUAAUUUUAGUAUUUUUUUAAUGA